AUGGCUUUUGGAACCCUUUUCGCCAGCGAGGGCAACCCCCGCUCCAUCGCCAUCAAGGCCGUCGCCAAGGCCAAUGGCCUCGAUGUCAAGGUCACGACCGUCGACUUGUCUGUUGCUCGCACUCCUGAGCACCUGACUGGCAGCCCUAUCGGCCGCGUUCCUGCCUUCGUCGGCGAGGACGGCUUCACCCUCCACGAGGCUGUCGCCAUCGCCAUCUACUUCACCUCCCAGAACGAGAAGACCACUCUUCUCGGCAAGACCAAGCAGGAUUACGCUUCCAUCCUCAAGUGGAUGUCCUACUUCAACACCGAUCUCCUCAACGCCCUUGCCGGCCAGUACCUUCCCCUCCUCGGCCGUGCUACCUACAACAAGCAGGCUGUCAAUGACGCCGCUAAGGAGUCUGAGAAGACCGUUGCUGUCGUCGAGAAGUACCUCCUUGAGCACACCUACCUCGUUGGUGACCGUCUGACUCUCGCCGAUCUCUUCUCCGCUGGCAUCAUCAGCCGCGGCUUCGAGUUCUUCUACGACACCAAGUGGCGCCAGGCCCACCCUGCCACCACCCGUUGGUACGAGACCAUUGUCAACCAGCCCAUCUACUCCGACAUUGUCGGCAAGGUUCAGCUCAUUGACAAGGUUGCUCUCCCCAACGUUGCCCCUAAGAAGGCUGAGGCUCCCAAGGCCGCCCCCGCUGCUGCCGCUGUCCCUGCUGCUACUGAGGAUGCCCCUGCUCCCAAGCCCAAGCACCCUUGCGAGGCUCUUGGCAAGCCCAGCUUCGCCCUUGACGACUUCAAGCGCUAUUACUCCAACAACGAUACCCCCGUUGCCAUGAAGUACUUCUGGGAGACCGUUCCCUUCGAUGAGUUCUCCAUCUGGAAGGUUGACUACAAGUACAACGACGAGCUCACCCUCACCUUCAUGUCCAACAACCUGAUUGGUGGCUUCAACACCCGUCUCGAGGGCUCCCGCAAGUACGUCUUCGGUACCGCCUCCGUCUAUGGCCAGAACAACGACUCCGUCAUCCAGGGUGCUUUCGUCAUCCGUGGCCAGGACUUCGAGCCCGUUUUCGACGUCGCCCCCGACUACGAGAGCUACAGCUUCACCAAGCUGGACCCCAAGAAGGAAGAGGACCGCGCCUUUGUCGAGGCCAACUGGGGCUGGGAGAAGCCUGUCGUUGUCAACGGCAAGGAGUACCCCCACGCCGACGGCAAGGUCUUCAAAUAA